AAGUCGGCACUGAUGGUGCGAAGCUUCGGGACGACCGUCGCUGGUCCAAGGAGAAUGGACACGGGUAGCCGUCCAUACCGCGUCGAUGCAGAACCGCAUUACCUCUCUCUUGACAAAGGCUCCAGUCAUUGCCACCCGACCGUCCAGCGGCGUCAGUCAGCCAAGCAACUCAUUAACAGAUACGAGUCCAUUUCACGGGAGGAGUCAUCAACUGCUCGGGGGCCACCCAGCGCAGCUCGCUUUCUUGGCGCAUCUCCAUCGUCUCGCUCCCAUGGUAGAGGGAAGAGGAGGUCUCUGAGUGCCUCGCUGCGCAAUUUCCUAUCCGUCUUCCAGAAGGGAAGGAAAGGGAAGGACGCAGAUGACUCAGAAGAAGACGUGCCUGCAGUUGUGAUCGACGCCCCGAGCAUGGCUCAUAUCCCUUCAAUGUACACCAACAACGCUGCCGUCACCCAUGAUGCAGGUGCUAUGGUACUGUCGGCUGGUGAGGUCUCCGCACUUCACUCCGGUGCGCUGUUAUAUCUUUCAAAGUCAUCAUCACCCAUUACUUCUCCUAUCCUGCCCGUCUGGACGUCCUGCACUGUUACCUUGCACACCUCGCAUAUACUCAUAACAUGGUAUACUGUUCAUGCCAAUCCUUCGAGUCAUGUCAUUCCACUGGACGGGUGCACUGAUGUUCGUUCUAUUGCUCUGAAUCGACUGGACCCUGAUGAAAAGGCUCUUCUUCCAAACUCGACAGACAAGUCCGAGCCUAAGGUAUUCGAGCUGCUUUUCGAGGGGCGUCGAAGAGAAAAAUUGACUGCAUCAUCAAGUCGAGAACGGGCACGAUGGGUCAGUGCCAUAUGGGAUGCGUUACUUCAGAGACAGUCACAAGGAGCAACUCGGCAAAAGGCGCUAACGAUACAGACAAACUUGCAGCGCGAAGGACAAAACUACUUGCAGCCUCCGUCAGCAUCAGAGUAUACUUCCUCCGAAUAUACAUCUUCUAGUGGUGUCGAAUCCGAGAGCUCACUUACAACAGAGCAGUCUCUCCCUCCAACGCCGAGUAUCAAAUCACCCCUGUCUAGUCAGUCUCCAGCUCGUUUCAGCCUGCACGACUCGCCCCAAAAUUGCUCUCCGAUGUCCAUCUUGCCUCCGCGACCUCCGUCACAGAUAUCGCCAAGGAGCUCUGGUCCUAAGAGCCCAUCCAUCGCCAAACUUGGAAACCUUUCCGUAGUCACCCAACGGUUGGCGCAGAUUGAGCAGACAAAUUCGCCAGUAUCAGCGAGUAGCGCUUCUACUCUGCCGCACUUACAGGGUGCUCAGACGAUCAGGCCUACGCGUGCUCGCCGAGCGUUUGCGGAAAUACAGAGGUUCAAGGAGGAGGGUUUUUCGAGCGACUCGCCGUUGACCAGUGGUAGACCCAGCCCACUACCGAGGUCGCCGGCAUCGAUUGAAACAUAUUCUUCGCGGUCGAGGAGUGCUUUCAUUCGUAGUAGGACAUCUCUAACGCCUGCUCCUACUCUUCCUGACACUCCGCGAGUUGCCAAGGAAGAUUUACCGUCCACACCUUCUCCGCCACCUACAUUCGACAUUGAUCUGCAGCUGGUACCCAUGACGGAACUGAUCAAGAAAAGUGCAGCAAUGACUUUCGAUCAAACAGCAGGUAUCAGCGAACAAAUAGUUGCGUUGCAACGCGAUGUUUUGCACCUUCCCAGUGAGUUGGCCCCGCUGAUGGCUGACACCAUAAAACAGUCUUCUACCGAGGCCAAGGAGGCGAUUCUGUCUACGGUAAAGGCAUUGGCCGCCAGGGUAGAGGAUAUCCAUCAGCAGAGCUCCUCCAGCACAGUCCAGCUGCAGGUAAACUCGAUUAUGAAGAUCCUGGACGUCAUGCAAACGCAGUUGAAGUCGAAUCUUCCUCGUGUUCUUGACAAACUCGAUGUUAUCCAUCACAAUCAAGAGCGGGAGAUGUCCAUGUCCACGUCACGCACGAGUAUGACAGCCAUGAACAAUUUGCGACCUCCUUUCUCUGGAAUGACCUCGCCGACGGAAAGUUUAGCUCCCUUUCCAAACGUGGAUCUCUCAGAUGUAUAUGUGAAGCUGGACGAGCUCACCUCGCUUUACAAGACUGGUAAUACCCCGUUGAGUCCAGCUACAAGAAGCCCGCACGAAGAUGCAGAUAUCCCAGAACACAAGCCGCUAGACGACAAGCUGGACUUUCACAAGCUGAAAGCCGUCCUGGAUUACCUGAACGCGGAUGAAGAACAAAAAAAGGUGCAGCUCGAACAGCAGGCUGACAGCAUCCGCUACCUGAACGAGCUGAACUCGUGGUUGGACGCAUUCGUCAACAACGGCACAACGCAGAUACAGGCUGUCGCGACUGGUGUCGAGCAACUUUGUAAACAACUGGGUGUCAACACGUCUGAAGAACUGUCGAGCCUUGGCCUGACCGGACAGGUACAACAGCUACUGGAGGCGGCACAGAAUCAAGCGGAUAGUGGAGAUAAUUUGCGAUCAAUAAUUCAUGAGUUGAUCCAGGUCGUUCAAGAACAUCUCACUCAUGGAGAUGAACAACGCAAAACUCUUGAACUGACUGAGGAGAUUCGAGGAGAACGACUGCGAUUUGUGGAAGCGAUGAAAGAGGCCACAGCAAUCAAUGUGCAAGGCGCGUUCAUCCUGUCUCAUGUUGAACAUUUCAAGGCUGAGUUGGGCCGUGAAGUCUCAGUGAUGACACAGGAUGUUGGGAGGCUGCACAAAGAGAAGCAAGCGAUCGAGCAGCAAAUUGCGGACCUGUUCGCAUUCUACUCCAAGCAAAAGCAGGAAGCCGAGGUUUGCCUAAUGCCACGCAUCUCCUUUUGGGAUUGAGUAAAUGAUUUGAAAUUGCAGGCCAGUUAUCGGUGUAUACCCCCACAGUCCUCAGGUCACCAAAGUUUCCAGAAUGUACCGGCCUCGAAGUUACCGCAACGCCGACCAUUACCCAGCCCCGGAAAGCACGGGACAGAUGUCACUGGGUUGAGGAGGCGUGAUCCUCGGAGUGUGGAGCUGAGGCAUUAAGAUGGAUUUGCGAUGGAGAA